GGUGAGUGGACGCAGUUAUCCCAACAAGCCGAUUAUUGAAGGCUACUGAGCCCUUUCUGUCAAUUUGCGUUUGUCCUCUCACGGUCAAACACUGGCGGACACAAUACAUCUGGUGCUGAAGUUUGUCUUUGUGCUGGGCGGAGACCUCGUUCAUCACAGUUAAGUAGGCUACUAGUCUAUUACUUUUUUUAAUGGACGCUACUAGGUAUUUUUAUGCAUUUAUAUUGAUAGAACUCGUGUGUGGAAAGCUAUUUUGUAUAUAAAAAUAUUUUCAGACAUACAAUGUGUAUUUGGUAGCCUGCGCUAGAGAGCUUAAAGUAACUUCCUGGAAGCUGUAUGGUUAUUAUUUUUACAUCCUCCUUAAAAGAAGUUCACACUUAAAGAAUUCAUCAAAUGAAAAUGGUAGCUGCAGUGAACUUUAAGAACUAUUAGAAAGUGAACUUUACAGGCAACAAGCCAAAUCACAGGGACGGCAGUGCCAUUUUGCUUUGAGCAGUUUGAAGCGCAUGGUAUAAAAAUGAACAGCCUGUCCAGGAGUACAGAUGACCACAGAGACAUCGGCCAGAGCCCAGCUCACAAACCGGAAACAUCCAGGUUCCGUAGCUGGAGUAGCUGUCGCUUUUCGAGAUGGAGAAGUGGUUCCCAGAGAACCAGUCCCCCUGGUACCCCCUCCCCAAAGGUAGAGAAGAAGGCUGAUGUGAGCAAGACGCUCUUCUCCUUGGUUCAGACUCACAAUGACGACUACACAGCGGAUCCAGAUGACCUGCUGGACACCAACAAGGGGGGUGAAGAAUGCAGCAAUGACACAGGGUCCUCACAGGACCAGUCCACCUACUUCCAGAAGCAGUUUGGGUCCAUGCUUCAGCCCGGGGUCAACAAGUUCUCCUUGCGCAUGUUUGGCAGCCAUAAGGGUGUUGCUGCGGAGCAGGCCCGGGUCAAGAGCUUUGGGGUGUGGAUCAUCCACCCGUACAGUGAUUUCAGGUUUUCCUGGGACAUUGUCAUGCUCCUGUUGAUGAUGAGCAAUCUGGUCAUUUUGCCCUGGGGAAUCACCUUCUUUGAAGACCAGAAUACCCUGCCUUGGAUCACCUUCAACGUCCUGUCCGACACUCUCUUCCUCAUGGACUUGGUUUUCAAUUUCCGAACGGGCAUCCCGGGAGAAGACAGCCACAUCACCCUGGACCCCAAAGAGAUCCGCAUGCAGUACCUCCGCACCUGGUUCCUGGUGGACUUCAUCUCUUCCAUCCCUGUUGACUACAUCUUCCUCAUCGUUGAUCUGGAGUCCCUGCAGGAGUCGUCUGACGUGUACCGCACCGCCCGCGCCCUCCGCAUCGUGCGCUUCACCAAGAUCCUCAGUCUGCUGCGUCUUCUCCGACUGUCUCGCCUCAUCCGCUACAUUCACCAGUGGGAGGAGAUUUUCCAUAUGACUUAUGAUCUGGCCAGCGCUGCAGUGCGCAUAGUCAACUUGAUUGGUAUGAUGCUGCUGUUGUGCCACUGGGAUGGCUGCCUGACCUUCAUGGUGCCUAUGCUGCAAGACUUCCCCCCAGACUGCUGGGUAUCCAAAAAUAACAUGGUGAAUUCAACAUGGCACCUUCAGUACUCCUAUGCCCUGUUUAUGGCCAUGAGUCACAUGCUGUGUAUAGGAUACGGAGCCCACCCUCCAGAAGGCAUGACUGACGUCUGGCUCACCAUGAUCAGUAUGGUCGUGGGGGCCACCUGCUACGCCAUGUUCCUUGGUCAUGCAACUACCCUUGUCCAGUCCUUGGAUGCAUCACAUCGCCAGUAUCAGGAGAAGUAUAAGCAAGUGGAGCAGUACAUGUCAUUCCAUAAACUGCCGGCAGAUGUAAGACAGAGGAUCCAUGAUUAUUACGAGCAGCGAUUCCAAGGCAAGAUGUUCGAUGAGGACAGCAUCCUGGGAGAGCUCAGCGAUCCGCUGAAGGAGGAGAUUGUCAGCUAUAACUGUCGAGGGCUUGUAGCUAACAUGCCACUGUUUGCCAACACCGACCCUCAUUUUGUGACAGUGAUCCUGACCAAGCUACGUUUCGAAGUCUUCCAACCUGCAGACUUGAUUAUACGAGAAGGAACGCUGGGUCGGAAAAUGUAUUUCAUCCAGCACGGCACCGUCACUGUCAUCCCACGUGGCAGUAAGGAGGUUACGCUCAGCGAUGGAGCAUAUUUUGGGGAGAUCUGCCUACUAACCCAAGGACGACGCACAGCCAGCGUGAGGGCUGACACCUACUGUCGCCUUUACUCUCUAAGUGUGGACAGUUUCAACACUGUCCUGGAGGAGCAUCCUCUGAUGAGGAGGGCAUUUGAGUGUGUGGCCGUGGACCGACUAGGCCGGUUGACUCGCAGACCCAGUUCUAUUCCUUCCACGGAUGAGAAACUUCCUCAACAGCUACAGAGAGAGACCCCUGUCAGUAAUGUGGAGGAUAUUUGUCAAACUUUGACUGAACUUGACCACAUAAAAAAGAAACCUUCAAUGUAAAUUUGACGGAUCACUGCUUACUCUAGUGCUCAGUGAUGAACAAUUUGAUGGAGAUCCUCUGUUGUAUUUAUUAUCACAUUAUUGCUGCACUUGCUUGAACAUGUUGCACCUUCUGUUGAUUUUAUUUUGUAACUUGUACACUUUGCAUUUAUAAGUUACAAAUCAAUGAGAAAAUAAUCACUAUUUUCUUGUUUCUUCAAUAACUUAGAUUUCUUUUUUUUUUACACAAAGACCAACUAUAGCUUUUCCACAUGUAAAUACUGCUUUAAGAAUAUGUUUUCAGUUUCCUGUCUGCUUUCAGACAGUGCAGUUUUAGUCUCCAUUACAUCAUUCAUUUAAGCACGGGAGCACCAGCUGGAUGUAGCGCUGAGUCUAAUGAUCCCUCAGGUCCGUAGGUUGCAUCAAGUCACAGUUUAAUACCAAUGUUCACUGACGAUAAGCUGCUGUGAUGUAACUCUAACUGUACAGAGACAGAUUGCACACAGUUAUACAUCCUUGUUUAAAUUGCCCCAUUUAAUGGUACUCAUAUAGAAGGAAGCUUCCUUUGAAUCGCUACAAUUCAAUAUGCAGUAUUAUAAACUGUGAUUUGUUUCCGCACACAGACCCAAUUUACUCACUUUCCUUAACACCUUUAUUGUUUUUUUAAUUCUCUGCUGGCAUAUGUUCAUGUAUUCAGUAGGUUCAAUUGCAGAUGAUAAUGAUGAAGUCUGUCAUUUAUUUAAUGUUAAUGCAAAAAAAAAAUAAAUAUAUAAUAUAUACAAUACUAGAUAAUAUAUAUAUAUUAUUAUUAUAUCGACAAAACAAACAUAUCUUGUGCUACUAUUACUGUAUUGAUUCAUACAAUGUAUUUGUGUUGGUAAAUUGAAUGCGAAAGGGAAAAAAUGUUUUGGGAAUUUUACAUAUUUUUUUCAAUUUUAACCACAAUGUUUAGUCUAUCCAUUUAUUAUUAAAACUUUCUGCUGAAUGACCUCAUACUGACGAUGUCAUCUAAAAAUGUUACCCUUUAAACAUGUAUA